UCCGCUCAGGCUCCCUCUCUAUCCGCUUCUGUCCAUUGGUCGUUGAAUCUGUCUAUUUUAAAUUACGAUCCCAAUUGGAUGUUUGUACUUCAGGGUUGGUAUUGUUUCCAGGAAGUCUUGCUCCUUAGCUGCAUCUGAAGAACGUGACUUGUUAACCGGAGGAACAGUAGAUUCAUAUUUUACUUCUUGUUAAAUUGGGUUGGAAGCUGAAUAUGGGGGAUGAUGAGGAGAAGUACGACGGGAUGCUGUUGGUAAUGGCGCAACAGCAUGAAGGAGGAGUACAAGAGUUGGUGAACACAUUUUUCAGCUUUUUGCGACGAAAAACCGAUUUCUUCACAGGAGGAGACGCUGGGGCACCAGAGCAGUUGGUAAAAGACUCUUUCGCUCAUCACAGUCGGUUGGCCCUCAAGGCCCACAAAGACAAACAGUCCAAGGAGGAGAAGGAGAAGAAGGCGAAGGCGGAGCGGGCGGCAAAACUUGCCGAGGAGGAGGCUAAGAAGAGGAAGGUGGUCGCCGCCGACGAGCCCAGGAUCAAAGAGCUGACGGACGAGGAGGCCGAGAGGCUGCAGAAUGAAAUAGACCAGAAAAAGAAUGGUGACAAUAAGGAGAAGGAAGCCCCAAAACCUCCAACGGACAAAUCUGGAAAACCAGAGGAGAAAGCCGAUAAAGGGGCGGACUCUGAGGAAGAGGAAGAUGAGAAGGACAAAGGAAAGAUGAAGCCAAACGCUGGUAAUGGUGCAGACUUGCCCAACUACAGGUGGACGCAGUCAUUAUCGGAAGUAGACAUCGUGGUGCCUUUUGAUGUAAAGUUUCGCAUAAAGGGAAGGGACGUGGUUGUGGACAUGCAGAGACGUACUCUUAAGGUGGGGCUGAAGGGUCACCCGCCCGUCAUCGACGCACAACUCUGCAACGAGGUCAAGGUGGAAGAGAGCUCCUGGCUUAUUGACGACGGCAAAGUGGUCACCAUCCACUUAGAGAAGAUCAAUAAAAUGGAGUGGUGGAAUAAGUUGGUGACCACAGACCCAGAGAUGAACACAAAGAAAAUCUGCCCCGAAAACUCCAAGCUGUCUGAUCUGGACGGGGAGACGCGUAGCAUGGUGGAGAAGAUGAUGUACGACCAGAGACAGAAGUCCAUGGGUCUGCCCACCUCAGAGGAGCAGAAGAAGCAGGAUAUCCUGAAAAAGUUUAUGGAGCAGCACCCGGAGAUGGACUUCUCUAAAGCCAAGUUCAGUUAAGAGCAGCGGAGGCUCAUGGCUGGUGCCUGGUGGUCUCUGACUGACCGGCUGACCGACCGCCUGCUGUGCCUCAAGUCAGUCAGUCACUACCCACUUCAGCUGCAACUUAGGCUGCUUCACGAUGACACACACAGACCUGGCCUGUUUACUACACCCUCUCUCUUUCUCUCACUCCCACUCUCUCUUGAUUUCUCCCUCUCCUUUUCUUUCUCACACUCGUAUCUCUUUCCUUCUUUCCCUCUCACCAUCUAUCUAUCUAUCUCUCUUUGUAUCAGUCUUGGUGUCUACAACGGACUCGUUGGACUGAUGUUCUGUUUUUGUUCGGUUCAUCUUGUUAACGGUCACAACAGCAAAGAAAAAAAAAAACUACUAACCAAAACAUCUCAUGGUCUGUUGCAUGGAGAAAUGUGUCUGGAAUAUUUAAAACAUCCUGUUUGGAUCUGUGCAUUUUUGUUGUGUUUGUUCCUUUUUUAAAAUAAAUAAGUCAAACCUUG